CUCUCCCAUAUCUUCCCUCUCGCUCUGCCUCUCUCUGUAGGCAAGGCAUUUGUUCCCAAGCAGCGGCCCAUCGAGUCUCGUCAGGAAGAUGUAACGACCCUUGACCCGGAACUAGAAGAGGCCCUGUCCAGUGCUACCGACACUGAACUCUGUGACCUGGCAGCCAUCCUAGGUGUCCAUACCCUGGUGACCAGCACCCAGAGCUACGAUGGAACCAGCAGUAAAGACGGAGGAUACAACAACGUGGUGAAGGGGGAGAAGAUGAACCCCGUGUUUGAUGAGCCUCCCAACCCCACUAACGUAGACGACACUCUGCAGAGGAUAAGAAACAACGACGCUGCGCUGACGGAGGUUAACCUCAACAACAUCAAGAACAUUCCCAUUCCCACGCUGAAGGAGUUUGCCAAGGCCAUGGAGAGGAACACACACGUCAAGAAGUUCAGCCUCGCCGCCACACGGAGCAACGACCCCAUCGCUGUGGCGAUGAGUGAGAUGCUGAAGGAGAACAAGUCGUUGCGGAGUCUCAACCUGGAGUCUAACUUCAUCACCAGCGCUGGUGCUGCUGCUCUGGUGGACGCUCUCCGAGACAACGACACACUAACUGAGAUCAAGAUAGACAACCAGAGGCAGCAGCUGGGGACUUCAGUAGAGAUGGAGAUGGCUAAGAUGCUGGAGGACAACAACAGCAUAGUGAAGUUUGGCUACCACUUCUGUCAGCAAGGCCCACGGGCCAGAGCUGCUGCUGCUAUCACCAAGAACAAUGACCUGAUCCGCAAGAGGCGAGUGGAGGGGGACCAGUAAGGGGCGGAGCCUGUCAUGUCUCCCAGCCUGUCCCGUCGUCUCAUCUCGCCGUAUGGAAUACAUUUUCAGCCAAUCCCCUGGUCUCAUCUCACCGUGGACGUUAAGUCUUGUGCCAAAACCCGGAGCAAGGCACCCUCAACCAGACAGGGACCGUGAGUCCCAAAUGGCACCCUUGUUCCCUACGUAGUGCACUACUUUUGAUCAGAGCCCUAGGGGCUGUGAUCGUGCCCUAUAGAGAAUAGGGUUCCAUUUGAGACGCAGCUAUCAUCAUCAUCUAUCUGAGGAGAAGAGAAAUAACUGGAAUAGCCCUCUCUAGUACCUACAUAUCUAUACACAUGUUGUUGUUGUUAUUAUUGUUUAUUAUACUAUUGUUAGAACUACAGCUGUACAUCUUAUUGUUUAGUUUUUUCAGUUCAUUUCAGGCGCUUUUUUAUUUUUCUCUGAAUGAUUUAUGUUCUGUUUUUUACUGUGUUUAGAGCAACAUGAACAGUACUGUAAUCUAACCAAGUUACCAUGGUUUUAAACAUUCUAUCCUAACCUCUGACCUCUAACCCUACAGUGGUAUAGGGCCCUGACCUCCAACCCCUACAGUGGUACGGGACAGGCCUCCCUAGCUAGACUGCUGUAUCUCUUGGUUCUGAAAGCUGUGCUUCCUACACAGGGGGAAGAGAGAGGUUGAUGUGAUGGUAGGGCUGUCUGUUAACCUCCUGGGGUGGGUUGUCCUGGUAGGGCCGUUAACCUCCUGGGGUGGGUUGUCCU